CUUGGUGUAGAGAGGAAAGAGCCAAAAGUAGCAAGCUAGUGAAUUUUUUGACAUUUUCUGCCUGCAGCCAAAACUAGACUCCACCGAAAGUACUUAAAAAACAUUUCGGAAUCUAAAUAAUAUAUGAGCUGAACAAGGAAUAGCAAGAAGAAUACAAUGUUGAGCUCUUAGUUUCUCUCAUACAAAACUCCACUCACCGUGUUAAUCAAAAGUACUUGUUUUCUAGUUGUCCAUACCAUCCCCAUCCAUCAACGUGACAAUUAAGAUUUGUGAUUAUAAGAAGAUUGAAUUAAUGUGUUGUACCUCUUGCUAUCUCCGCCUAUGCACCUAUAAGAGUAUGUAGUUUCUACUUUGUUGAUAACCACAUGCUCUCUACAUCUUACAAAGAAGCAUCCUCUAUAGACUAAUGGGUUUGUUCAGAAGUAAGGGUGUGAUUUAUAGGCCAGUGAAGGAUGUUAACUUAGGUCCUGAUAGCACUGAAUUCUAUCUCCAAGCCAAUGUCAAAGCUCCCCGCAUGACUGGAAUCCUGGUCAAGAUUUUCACUUGGUUCUUGGAGUCUCCAAUACUUGGACCCUUGCUAUUGUAUAUAUUGAAGGGAAACAAUCUUAUUCAUAAACUUAUUACAAAUGCAGACUUAGAAGAGUCACCCCUCUAUGUUCCCUCACAUCAUUUUGAAGACCACAAAGAACAAGAAGUCAAAUGCUUGGAUUCUGCUUUAACUCCAGAAGAACAAGUUCAACUUGCAAUAGAGUGCUUACCUACAUCUUCAGAAAAAGCACAUAAUGGAACAAACUCUUCGUUCUCUCGUUGGACCAUAAUGGAUUAUUCCAGAGCCUACAGCUCGGGAGAAAUAACACCACUCAUGGUUGCUGAACGAUUUAUUGCCGCUGUUAAUGAAUCUUCAAAACCUCCACUCCGAAUGGGAUUUUUUAUUCACUACAGUGCUGAUGAUAUACUAAGACAAGCAAAUGAAUCAACUCUUCGGUAUAAAAAAGUGCAUGUUUUUGCAGGGGAACCUAUCUCUGUGCUAGAUGGAGUUCCUGUUGCUAUCAAGGAUGAAAUGGAUUGUUUGCCAUAUCCAACUACAGGAGGUACAAAGUGGUUGCACAGAGAAAGGCCUUGUACAGAUGAUGCUUGCUGUGUUAAGCGUCUGAGAUUAUGUGGCGCCAUACUUGUUGGGAAGACUAAUAUGCAUGAACUUGGGGUUGGAAUUAGUGGUAUCAAUCCACAUUAUGGGGCUGCUAGAAACCCAUAUGAUACCAAUAAGAUUUCAGGAGGUUCUUCUAGUGGAUCUGCUACUGUGGUGUCUGCAGGAUUGUGCCCUGUUGCCCUUGGUGUUGACGGGGGAGGUUCUGUGAGGGUGCCUGCAUCUCUUUGUGGUGUAGUUGGUCUAAAACCAACUUUUGGCCGUGUACCUCAUUCCGGAGUCCUUCCUCUAAACUGGACAGUUGGGAUGGUUGGAAUACUAGCCGGCACUGUUGAGGAUGCAUUGAUCACUUAUGCAGCCAUUAGUGGAGAAAUUUCAUCCCAUCAGCCCUCUAAUAUGCUUACCAAGAUAAAUCUUCCACUGCUGCCCUUGACGAAGUCCAUAUGUGACAUCAAGUUGGCAAAAUAUGGGAAGUGGUUUGAUGAUUGCAGUGAUGAUGUCAUAUUAUGCUGCUCCCGUGCCUUGAGGAAGCUUCAGGAUCAUUAUGGUUGGAAGACAAUUGAUGUCACUAUCCCAGACAUAGAAGCAAUGCGCCUAGCACAUUACUUAACAAUUGGAUCAGAGUGUUCCACUUGGUUUGAUUCUUUUGGAGAAAAAUAUUUUGCAGAAUUUGGAUGGGACGCAAGGGUUGCACUUAACAUCUAUGGUGCUUUCAGUGGCAAGGAGUACAUUAAAGCUCAGAAACUGAGGAAUCGACAGUUGCAGUUUCACAUGAAAAUAUUUGCUGAGGCAGAUGUCAUUGUGUCACCAACAACAGGUGUGACUGCAUACUCGAUUCAAGAUGAUGCACUAAAGACUGGUGAACUUGACUACGUAAAUGGAGCUGCACUUGUUCGGUAUUCCAUAUCAGGAAACUUCCUAGGACUUCCUGCUGUGACUGUACCGGUUGGAUACGAUAAAUUGGGUUUGCCUAUUGGGCUUCAGUUUAUAGGAAGGCCUUGGGCUGAAGCAACACUGAUCCACUUGGCAUUUGCAACGCAGGCCAUAUGCUUAGAAUACAGAAAGCCAAAGAUAUUUUAUGAUCUGUUAAGAAAAAAUUAAAUGGGGUGAAGCAUGUCAGAAGGAAGUAUGCACAAGCAGUGUGUCAUGUCUUUUCAAGCGAAAGCAUAGCCAUGUUAUGGCAAGUUUCAGUCAUAUCAUUCAAAAGCAAUAGUGCUGUAGCAGGGUAGGCUUAUACAUGGAUUGAACUAAUGAAAUUUAGGUUCGGAAACAUUUUGUCCCAAUUGUGUACAAAUUUAUUCGUCCGGGCAGGCUUACCUAUGUAUAAUGAAGGUGAACAAGAAGAAUGAGAAUGAACAUAAAAAAUUCUAGUUUUAUAUCAUAAGAUCCUCUGGUAAUAUAUGACAUGACAUGUCUUUAUGGGCCUUUUUUUUGUGAUGGGAUCCUAUAUCUUUUUAGUUUUUAUGAUAUAAUGAGUUAUUAUGUAAUAAGUUUCGAAAUUUUACUAUACUGAGCUCAUUUGUUUCUUUUGUAUGAA